UUAUAGAGGUUUUUAUAAGGAAAAGAAUCGAAAUCGAAUAGCAAAGUUUCUUGUAAAUCGAGUUGUUGGUUUUUCAUUUCUCCGUAUAUAAAACGGUUUCUUCGAUAUUCCCCCGAGUAAAGUAACGCAAAUGACAAUGGCAACCGAGACAGAGAACAACGCGCCCGCGGGGGAGACAAAAGACAUCAAAGAUGUUAAAGACAUGAAGGAGGCUCUGAAGGACGAGACCUCCGACAAUAAACAGCAGCAGGAAGACACCAAGGAUGAUGCACCGGCCAAGGAAGAGAAGAAGGACGAAGCUAACGCCGAGACGCCGGCUCCAGCACCGGCUAAAGCCGUCACCGUCCACAAGCCGAACUUCGAAAAGGACAUCAUUUAUCUUUACCAGUUUCCGCGAACUCCGUUGCUGCCCUCCCUCUCACCCUAUUGUCUCAAGGUUGAGACCUGGCUACGAAUCAACGGUAUCAAGUACGAGAACGUUGACCACAAGCUGAAGUUCCGUUCCAAGAAGGGACAACUUCCAUUCGUUGAGCUGAAUGGCGAAGAAAUUGCUGACAGUGCAAUAAUCCUUCGGGAAUUAGGCCAGAAGUAUGGAAAAGACUUGGACGCAGGCCUCACCGCAGAGCAGCGGAAUAUCUCUCAUGCGAUGAUAUCUAUGAUCGAAAACCACCUUGUUUGGGUCGUUUGGUGGUGGCGUACCAAAAAUCCAGACCUGUUACUCAAAGGAUUCAAAGUGAACCUGCAGCACGCAUUUGGCACUCGCAUUCCAAAUGCAAUACUAAACUUCUUCUUCAAAUUCACAUUCAGUCGUAAGUGUGCACGAAAAGUCAAGGCUCAAGGUAUGGGAGUUCACACCGCUGAAGAAGUUGCCCAGUUUGGAUGUGACGAUCUGAAGGUACUCUGUGACAUGCUAGCUGACAAGCCUUUCUUCUUCGGAGAUGAACCAACUACGCUGGAUGUUGUCGCCUUCUCAAAUCUGGCCCAGAUUCUGUACAUCGAAAAGGAUACUCCAUACGCGCUAAGGGACUACAUGCAGGAGAGUUGCGCAAACUUGGUUGGCCACUGCUCGCGUAUGAAGGAACGCUGUUUCCCUGACUGGGACGACAUCUGUAGCACACUUGAUUUGAAUACGCAUUUGCCAAAACCCGUUAAACAGGAAGAGAAAGAAAGCAAGGAGGAAGCCAAGGAGACUAAAGAGUCAAAGGAAGAGAAAGAGGGAGACAAGGAAAAGGCUGACAAGGAAGAAAAAGACGUUGAGAAGGACAAAGAGGUCGAGGAAAAUAAGGACAAAGAAAAGGAUGGUAAAUAAACUGCUGCCGUUAAUAUGCAGGAGUAAACAUGAAAAAUCGUUUUAAUGGUCUGACAGAGAGAUAGAGAGAAUGAGGAUCGAGGAGAAGAGCUCUCUACUUAUAAACUGACACACAACCCAUGUAUACAAUAUUAUUACUUCGGCCAUCGUCAUUUACACGUCAUCAUCAUCAUCGUUAAUCAUCAUUGUCGACUUGUCGAUCCAUAUCCCCGUCCUCUUCUUUUAUUCUCGUCUAGUGAGGCUAUUUUGCAAGCAUGUAGGUAAGCGAAUGAGUUAACGAGUGGAUCGCAGAAAAUCAGGCAUAAGCGUAUUGACAUUUUUAAUAGCGUUUCAACAAUAUACAAGACUACUCAUUGUCAGAUUAAACCGCAAUAAUGAAACAAGGUUGAAAGUGAGAUUCCCACUACAAGCACGAUGUCGAUACAUAAUUUCCGACCAUCAGAGUAACCGUCAUCUGGUCCAUUUCUUUUUGUUAUUCGAAACGAAAACACAAAGAAUAACAUAUUCCUUAAUCAUGCAUCAAAUGCGAGGUAUAAAAGAAAUUUCCAAGUUACAAUUUGUUCUAUUGCAUCAAUUAUGUGUGAUGGGGCGUAAGUUUUUAAGUGUAAUUUUAUUGUCGAAAGAUAUGAGAGAAUGAAUAUUAUUGUAAAUAUGAAGUUGCUCUGAACGAAAGUUACAGCUAAGAAACUCCAUUAAACCUUAAAGAAUAGCCUCAUUAGUCCACUAGAUUCAACUCAACGACGGAUACAAAAUGAAAAAUUUGGACACGUUCGAGUAUUUGAAAAAAAAAAUUUUUAAUUAAAAACAAAAUCGGCGCUAGAGAAAAACAUUUGUUAAAAUUUUACUAUAAAAAAAUUUCAAGUUGUUAGUAUAGUUAGUGGACUAGAAUAAACCAAAGCCUGGUAUACUUUGAACGCAGGAAGACAAAAAAAAAAAAUGGCGUGAGAUCUCUAACAAGACGCGAAUAAAUAUAUUAAUAAAAUUAAAUUCAUGUCAUACAUCAAUAUAUUAUUUUUCCAUUUUCUUUGUCCACUCUAUUAUUCGAAUCGUUUUCAUUGUACACCGGGCUGAAACAUUUUUCAUUCGUCACAGCUCAUUCCCAUCAGUACCAGUAGAUUUUUUUACGUUUUUUAUGAAUAAACCAGACAAGCAUUGACUCAAUGUGACUAUUCGUCAACAAUUUAUGUGUAUAUAUAUAUAAUACACAUAGUUAUGUGUAUAUAUACAUAAAUAAAUGGAACAAAAAAAAAAAUAUGUAAGUGAAGACACCCGGAAUACAUAAGUAAAAGAUGAACGCCAUUUGUAAUAUGUAAUAGAUAUAUAAUCGUUUUUAAAAUCACGUAUAUAGACACGCAUAUAUAACUAUAAAUAUAUAUAUAUGUAUGUAUUUAUACAUCAACUUUGACGUAAAUUAACAAGAUACACGUCAACGUUAUGUGAAUAAAAUUUGUGCGCGGUACGUAGGCUGAAAUAUAUUAUAGUUUUAAACUUUGUAACAUCAAAAUAAGAUACAAGUUUAUCGAAUGUCUUUCAUACAGUAAAAGAUUGACUUUAUAGAUAUUUAAUUUAUCCUCGAACAUCAAAGUGACGCUAUUUCCCUAAGUGUCGCGCGCAUGACACAUCACGAAUAUAACAAUGAAGACAAAAUGAAUUGUAAUUAAGUAGAUUAUUAUUAUUAUUAUUAUUAUAUUAUUAUUAUUACGAUUGAUUAAAAUAAGAUAGAAAAAAUUUAAAUUUAAAGAAAACAACACAUAACACUGUAAACGCGUUAGAUAGACAAACCCAAGUAAGUAAGGAUAAUGUAAGAAUUAAUAUUAUUCAUAAUUAUUACAUUAUGACUGCUCGUUCUAUGAUCGGCGCUACGCAUUUCAUUGUCAUUAUAUUGUAUAUCACCAUUUAUUAAUUAUAUAUAUAUGAAUAAAU